AUCUACAGUACAAGCCGGUAGACAGUUUCGAAGUUGAAGAUAGUCGACCCCCGCUUUAUCAUGGCUCACUUCGUAAAUACGUGCAUUCGAAGGUUUUCCACAUCUGCAAUGCGUGCAGAAGCUAUAAAAUGUGUGACUGUGAUAGGAGGCGGACAGAUGGGAGCAGGUAUUGCACAGGUUGCAGCAACUACUGGGCAUCAAGUGGUAAUUGUGGAUCAAUCAGAGGACAUUCUGAACAAGUCUAAGGCUUCAAUUCACAAAAGUCUGCAAAGAGUAGCCAAGAAAAAGUUUGCUGACGAUGCUAAAGCGGGGGAAGCAUUCAUAUCUGAGGCGAUUGACAGAGUGAGUAUCCAGACGGAUGCCACCAAUGCUGUGGGCAAUGCAGACCUUGUUGUGGAGGCUAUUGUAGAGAACUUAGAGGUGAAGAGACAACUGUUUACCAUCCUGGAUAAGGCAGCUCCACAACACACCAUAUUUGCCAGUAAUACAUCCUCUUUGCCCAUCAAGGAUAUAGCCGAGUCCACACAGAGAAUGGACAGAUUCGGUGGUCUCCAUUUCUUCAACCCCGUCCCUGUCAUGAAGUUGCUUGAGGUAGUCCGAAUACCUCAAACCAGUGAUGAAACAUUUAAUAAGCUACUGGCCUUUGGAAAAAAUCUGCAAAAAACAACUGUAAAUUGCAAGGAUACGCCAGGCUUCAUUGUGAACAGACUGCUGGUACCGUACAUGGUAGAGGCAGUGCGACUACUAGAAAGAGGUGAUGCUUCAACCCGUGACAUAGACACCGCCAUGAAGUUGGGCGCUGGGUAUCCCAUGGGACCAUUUGAGUUGUGCGACUACGUUGGCUUAGACACCAUGAAGUUUAUUCUGGAUGGUUGGCAUGAAAAGAAUCCAGAAAAUCCAUUGUUUGAACCCAGUGCGAUGCUGAAUAAGCUGGUUGCUGAAGGAAAGUUUGGAAUCAAGACAGGAGAAGGCUUUUACCCUUACAAAAAGAAGUGAUCUUUAAAAGUUCAAUACUGGAAUUUGCGGUGAUCAGCUGUCUUUUUGUGACCAAUUUGUAUACUAUAUAUUAUCGGCUGAUAUGCAGUGACUGAAGACUUGACUUUUACGUGGGAAGGUUUCACGAUUAUGCAUUUUCAUUAAAAAGUUAAUACGAUAGCUUUGAUGAUAAAUAACAUACAGGACAAUACAUCUAGUGAAACAGAAGCAAUAGUUUAUGUAUUACAUAAUAUUAUUGAUGAUUUCCUACAAGAAAUACUUCUUUAAACAUCUUAUUACCUCAGAGACCUUUACUGUUUUAGUUAACGUUCUAGUCCUACCUAUUCCUAUGGGCAACACAACACCUAAAUUAUCAUCUUUUGAAGUUGAAGUUUUCUAUUGUAUUUUUCUAUUGAUUUGUAUGUAGUUAUAUAAUAUAUAAUUUUUCAUGAUGGUUGAAUUUAAUAUGCCAUGUUAAGAAAUAAAUUUAAACAGAAGUGA